AAUGAAAAUAAAUGUUAACUCUUAACUUAUUUAUUUACUUAUACACACUUCUUCUUAUGGAUAUUUAUGUAAUUAGUGUAAUUGAAAUUUUCAGUGUGUCAUAAAAUAUAUUUUACUUCUUAGAAAACGAAAUAGUUUAGUAAUAUGUUUGUGUACCUAAUAUUUAUUGACAAAAAUUAAAAAAAAUGUACAGACUUUAAUUGUAGUUAUAAUUAAAUAAUAAUGUAUGGAGAAAUGAAUAAUAAUGAGAUAGCUUUACCUCUUCAUUAUCAACGUAUCAUUCAAGCAAUUAAUAUUGAGCCAUACUUAAAUUAUGUAGAAAAUAUCUUUAAGAUUCCAUUAGGUGAGGAUUCUAGUGAUACUGAUUUAGAUGGAGAUUUUAGUGAUCUUGAAACUCCAGAAGAAAGAAUUGCUGACCGUACGAGAUUUUAUAAUUUAUCUAAUGUAGGAGAUGACCGUUUAUGGCUUCAAAGUCUUCUCUUAAAUAGUAAUGAUUCUGAUGAUCCAGAUGAAACAGUAACUGAAGAAGAUCUGGAAAAUAUGUUGAAGCUUCAUUUGUUUAAGAAAAAAUGUCAACAACAAUUUCAAGUGGCUAAAAAUAAAAACCGAUGUCGAUAUUAUAGUUCUGGGUUACUAUCUAAUUUUGACAAAUAUCAAACUAGAACAGAGAAGAAAAAUAUACAAAAAAUUAAACCAUCCAAUGUCAGGCACAAGCAUAAAAGCUCAGAGAAUGAUAAAAAACUUACUAAACGAAAAACACGAUCACUUAGUCCUUCUGCCAAAACACUGAAACUUGAAAAAAAGAAAGCUUUAUUAGAAGCAAAAACAGCCCAAGUAGUUAUUAUGAAAAGAAAAAAAUUAUGGUUGCAUAUGGCAAAAAAAGAAAUGGGGAAGAUACAUAGAAUGAAAAAUAAUAACCAUAAAGAAAUUUUGAUUACUUGCCGUCGAACAGCUCAAUCUUGUAUGAAACAUUUACGACAAAAAGCAAUACAAAGUCAAAAAAACAUGAAGGAAAAUGUAUGGCGAGCAAAACGAUUAACACGUGAAAUGCUUACUUAUUGGAAAAAAUAUGAUCGAAAUGAAAGAGAAACUCGCAAAAAACAAGAAAAAGAAGCCGAAGAACAAAGGAAAAUGGAUGUUGAAUUAAUGGAAGCUAAACGUCAACAAAGAAAACUAAACUUUUUAAUUACUCAAACUGAGUUAUAUGCACAUUUUAUGUCAAAAAAACUUGGUCAAAGUUCUGCUGAAGAACAAUUAAGAAUUUUAAAUCAACUAGAUGAAGAAAAAAUUCCUAGAUUAAUGCAAAUUGAAAACUAUAACAGUGAUUUAAUGAAAGAAAAAGCUUUACAAAAUACUCAAAAAGCAUUAGAUGCUCAUGCUAACCAAUCUUUUGAAUUUGAUGAUCCUGAUUUAAAAAUCAAUACUCCACCCCCGAAUGAAGAACGUCCUCAGCCAACAAUAUUCCAAGGUAGCCUUAAGCAUUAUCAACUAAAAGGAAUGAACUGGCUUGCUAAUCUUUAUGAUCAAGGUAUAAAUGGAAUUUUGGCUGAUGAAAUGGGAUUAGGUAAAACAGUUCAAUCAAUUGCUUUUUUGUGCCAUAUUGCAGAAACUUAUCGUGUGUGGGGACCAUUUUUAAUUGUCUCUCCUUCAUCUACUCUUCAUAAUUGGCAACAAGAAAUAGCAAGAUUUGUUCCUGCAUUUAAAGUAGUUCCAUAUUGGGGAAAUCCUCAGGAAAGAAAAAUUUUAAGACAAUUUUGGGAUCAAAAAGGUUUACAUACUGAAGAAGCAAGUUUUCAUGUUGUUAUUACUAGUUAUCAAUUAAUUGUCAGUGAUUUUAAAUAUUUUAACCGUAUUAAAUGGCAAUAUUUAGUACUAGAUGAAGCACAAGCUAUUAAAAGUACAAAUAGUGUACGCUGGAAACUGUUACUAACAUUUAGAUGUCGCAAUCGUCUUCUACUUACAGGUACUCCUGUACAAAAUAGUAUGGCUGAACUUUGGGCUUUGUUACAUUUCAUCAUGCCAACAAUGUUUGAUUCACAUGAUGAAUUCACUGAAUGGUUCUCUAAAGAUAUUGAAAGUCAUGCAGAAAAUAAAACUGGCAUUGAUGAAAAACAUUUAUCUCGCUUACAUUUAAUUCUUAAACCAUUUAUGUUACGAAGAAUUAAAAAAGAUGUUGAAAAUGAGUUGUCAGAUAAAAUUGAAAUAUUAAUGUAUUGUCCUUUAACUUCUCGACAAAAAAUGUUGUAUUCUGCCCUAAGAAAAAAAAUUCGUAUUGAAGAUUUAUUACAUUCAGAUGGCUCAUAUCAAUCAUCUUCAAAUGUAACAUCAAAUCUUAUGAAUUUAGUUAUGCAAUUUAGAAAAGUAUGUAACCAUCCAGAACUAUUUGAAAGAAGAGAAGCUAGAUCGCCUUUUUUUUUUCAUCCGACUGAAUACAUUAUACCUAAAUUAAUUUACUUUGAUAGUUUUGCUCAGAAUAAUCACUUAAAUAAACGACAUUUACUUGCAAAUAAAUUUUUUAUUUUUAAUGUUGAACAUGUCCAGCACAGUUGUUUUUCUAGUAAAAAUAAUAUUUCAGUAAAGUGCAAUGUAUUUUGUUUUAUCAGACUUUUGAAACUUUCAGCAACUGAACUUUAUCAAUUUGUCAAUGGAGAAUUAUUAAAUAAGUUUAUGUAUAUAUUGAUACAACAGAAAAUCAAUUAUUUAGAGCAAUCAAAGAGCUUUUGGAAUAAUAAUUCUACUUUAUGGCCAUUUGUAGAAGAUUUAGUUCCAGAAAAGUUCAAAUUUAUAAAACCAAUUGUUAGUAAUUGUACAAUUACUCAUGCAACACAUAUUCAUCAUCAUAUGAAUGAAACAAUGGAACAUAAAAUUCAUCGCUUGAAACAAGUUAAUGAUGGCAAUACAACAUUAGAAAAUAUUGAGAUUAAAGCAGUUGAUAGUUUUAACUCUAGACCACCUAAAAUAUAUGAAUGCUUCCCAACCCAGUUUCCAUCAUUUAUAUAUUUUUAUUCACCAAAAGUAGCUACUAAAGCACGUGAAUUAUGGGUUCCCGGAAGCAGAUCUGCUGCAUUUGUUUGGCAAAGACAUGAAAAUUGUGAUUCAAAUGAAGGAAAGAAUUUCAUUUUAAAUGGGGAACCAAACUUGUGUCAUAAUCAAUGGGCUUGUAGUAAUAUUGGAGGAGUAAAUGCACUUAGGCCUCAAAAUGGAUGGUUUCAUAUUAGUAUACCUGACAAACAAAGUUUGGUCACUGAUUGUGGUAAAUUAAAGAUAUUAGAUGAAUUACUUACUAAAUUGAAACAAGAAAAUCAUAGAGUUUUAAUUUAUUCUCAGAUGACUAGAAUGAUUGAUAUUUUAGAGGAGUAUAUGUGGUUUAAAAAAUUACGGUAUAUGCGACUUGAUGGGUCCUCGAAAAUAUCAGAAAGACGAGAUAUGGUUGCUGAUUUUCAAAAUCGUUCAGAUAUAUUUGUAUUUUUGUUGAGCACAAGAGCUGGUGGAUUGGGUAUAAAUUUAACUGCAGCUGAUACAGUAAUUUUUUAUGAUAGUGAUUGGAACCCUACUGUAGAUCAACAAGCUAUGGAUAGAGCUCACAGACUUGGUCAAACUAAGCAAGUAACUGUCUAUAGAUUGAUAACUCAACAUUCUAUUGAAGAGCGAAUUUUACAAAGAGCUAAAGAAAAAAGUGAAAUCCAAAGAAUGGUAAUUAGUGGUGGUAAUUUGAAACCAGAUACACUAAAGCCAAAAGAAGUUGUUUCAUUACUUUUAGAUGAUGAUGAAAUUGAAACCAAAUAUCGACAAAAACAAGAAGAACGUAGACAACUAGAAGAAACAAGAGCUGAAGGUUCUAAAGAAAAAGAUCGUAAACGAAAAUUGGAUAUUAAAAAUGAAAAUUCUCCUAAAAUUAAGAAAACUGAAGAAGUAAUAUUAACUGAUGAACCUCCAUUGAGUCCUCCUAGUGAAGGUAGUUUUAUUCAUGAUGAAACAGGAAGUGAAACAACAAUUGAACAUGAUGAUUCCCCUACUAAAUUAUCUCCAAAAACACCAACAUCAAUAGCUAAACGAAGUCGUGUAGGACGAAGAACUCGACCUUCAGUAAAUCCUGGUAAUUUAGUUUCGGGAGAUGACAAUUUUGGUAGAAAAAGAAUUAUAAUAUCAAAAAGAGGACCGGGUCGUCCAAGGCAACCCAUGCCCUCAGCAACAUCUAGUUCAAGUUUUAGAAGUACACCAAAAAAAUCAUAAUUUUUCUCCUAUUAUUUUUCAGAUUUGUGAUUUGUAUGUUGUUUUAUUGAUGCAAGUAUUUUGUUUUUUAGACAAUUUUUUUGGUAAUUUCUAAAUAAAUUACUCUAAAUAUUUAUAUUAUAGAUUUGUGUAUAAUAAUUAAAUGUGUUGUGACUAGAGACAUCAGUUAUUUUUGUUAAAUUAAAAAUAUCUAAAUAAUUUUUUUUAUUAGUACAAUAAACAUAUAAAUAAGAA